AUGGAGACUCAUGUCCAACUCGUGGUUUCGCUGCCCUCGAUAGCAAUGCUCUUGGGCUCCAUGGCUGUCUUCGUGUGCCGACUGCCCGACACGAUCCAGGCAGGAUUCCAGAUGUUUUCAGCAGGCCUUCUGAUCUCCGCUGUUGGCAACGAGCUCCUGCCACUACUGUCGCCCAAAGCCUCAGACACCUCGAAUUUGAUGUCAACGGUGGCGCUGGUGAUUGGAUUUGCGAUCGGCCUGAUCUUUAUGUUUGGUCUGGGCUAUGUUACAGAGAGCAUGGAAGAAGAGGAAGACGAGGAGCAGCCGACGCACAGGAGAACUCACAGCGACAUCGAGACAGCGCUGCUCGAUGUCGAUGAAGCCGACCGGACGAGGGCGAAGGAAGGUUUCCAAGCAGAAACUGCUGAGAUUCGGAAGGAGGUUCAGCGGUUGCAAUCUAUUAUUCAAGACGGUUGUCAGAAUUCCAUUGAUGAGAUCCUGCAUGGCCUGGAGUAUCGAGUUCACAAGGCCACACGCGUUCUCUAUGUCCGAACAGGGAUCGACGACUACAAUCACAAAAGGAUGAAAGAACAUGGGCGAGAAUUGGAUCAGGCAUCAGUUAAGCUCCAAGGUUUCGACACAUUCCAGAAGGCCAAAGACCACCUCAAAGAGUUUCAGGCUUGCCUGGAGCAUUUGCAUGGUCACGCGGAGCGUGUACCUCACUUCCGGCGGUGGAAGGCCCGGGCGAAGCCAAGCGAGGAGGCCAAGCUAUCGGAGCAUCUACCGCUUCCUUUGGUGGGUGCAGUCACCGUGGAUGCCGCAGUGGACGGGCUGUUGAUCGGUCUGUCCUACGCAGCAUCUCCGAGUGCGGGUAUUGCCAUGGCAGCUGCAACCUGCAUAGAAAUGGGCUUCUUGGGCCUUUCCUUCUGUGCCUCUCUGCAGAAUGCCACGCGCUCGGCGUGGAAGAUCGUGACAGUCGCUCUGCUGCCUCCGGUGAUCUUGGUGCUAUCCGGCGAAGCAGGACACAGGCUGGGAAGGAUGUGCUCGGAAAAUCCUGAGGUCUUCAUUGGCUUCAUCAGCUUCUCCAUCGUUGCCUUGCUCUUCCUCGUGACGCAGGAGCUCCUAGUCGAAGCACAGGAAGUUGCAAGCGGCUCCAAGCUAAUCAACGCGAUGUUCUUCUUCGGACUGCUUGCCGGCAUACUCUUGGAGAACUUCGUGUGA